AUGGGGGUUUGCACUAGUCACUCCUAAAAAUAAAGGAAAAUAAAAGAAGAAGAAAAAAACGAUACAAUCCAAUAAAACAAGAAUUCUAAUAAUGAUACUCUUAAAGCUAAUAUUGAAAAUGUAUAUAAACACUCAAAAUCACCUUCUAGUUAAUUAUCAUAAUAAGGCAACUAAAAAUAAAAAAUAGACAUGGGAAUGAUACUGGAUGUUGGAAGAAGAAAGAGAGGGAGUGUUUAAACUGAAAAGAAAUCUUAAUAUAGUCAAGAAAAAAGUGAAUAUUCCAAUAAAAAUAAGUCAAAUAAGAAAACUUUUAAAGUUAAUAUUGCUUUAAAAUAAGUACCACUUUAAUAAUGCUAUGAAAUAUUGAAUUAUAAGGAAUAAAAUGUUUAAUUAAGACAUUUAAUAACUAAAAAGCUAAGAAUUGGUACAUUAUAUGAAAAUAAUUCAUUAUCAAAAGAACUUGUUAAAUAAAUAUUAGAAUUGCAAUUAGUAAAAGUUAUCAUUAAAGUAGUUUCAUCCAAGAUUAUAAAAUAUCAUUGAAAUAUUAGAAUUUGAUAAUUAAAUUUUAAUUGUCAAGGAACAUUUUGAAAACAAAGAAUUAAUUGCAAGUUAAAUUGAAAAUUAAACUGAAAUUUUGAAGUAAAUAAUUGAAAUUAUAGAAUACUUACAUUAAAAAAAUAUAAUUCAUGGGUAUUUGAAUAUAAGUUCUUUUCGAAUAUGUAGUUAGACAGAAAAAAUUAAGUUGAUAGAUAUUGAAAAGAUCUUGUCUAAACCAAAACAUACAGAAGAAGAAAUCCAAUAUUUCUCACCUGAAGCAUGUAAUAAAGGAAAUAUUUAUACAAAAUAAAGAGAUUGUUGGGCAAUUGGAAUAAUAGGACUUGAAUUAUUUACAAACUAACACCUCUUUCAUGGAGAUAGUAUUGAAUCCAUUUAAUAAGAUAUUAUUUCUAAUCAUGAAAUAAUCAUUUAAACUGUAAUAAACUAAAUUAGUAAUAUUCAAUAUUCAGAGUUAUUAAAAUUAUUAUUGAGUUCAAAAUAAAAAAAUAGAUUAUCAUUACAAUCAGCUUCAUCACAUAUUUGUUUUCAAUCUAAAUAGGUCAUUAGUAAAAAGAGAAUAAAUCAGCUUAUUAAGAAAGUAUUUCAAUUAAAAAAGAAAUCAUGCAUUUAUUAAUGUUUAGCUUUAUUUAUUAUUAAAAAUAUAAAUAUUGAUUUUAAUGAAGAUAGAGAAAAUCAGUUAUUUUAUGAAAUGGAUGCAUCUAAUGAUGGUAAGGUGAGUAAAACUGAAUUAAUGGAGUUUAUGAAAAAGAAUAAAUUCACAGAAGAUGAAAUAAUAAGUUAAUUUCUUGAAAUUGAAAAAUAAAAUGAUGGAAUUUGUUUUGAUUAUAAUGAAUACAUUACAUCACUCUUUGAAACUUCUACAUGUUUAAUUGAAGAUUAACUCUAGGAUGCUUUUUCCUAAUUAUCAUAUAGUAAUUAGGGAAUAACUCUAGGGAAGAUGAUAUCUCUAUUUCCUCAUCGUGAAAAUUAAUUAAAAAUUGAGUUUAAUGAAUUCUAAGAUAAAAUUGUAAACAAAAAUAUAAAUAAUUUUAGAUUACUUAUCCUAUCUUUAAAUAAAUAAUGGGUCAAUGA